UCAAAUCGUUCCUAGUCAAUCAUCUCCUCUCUAUUCUCAGAAAUCAAAUCGAUGGGGCGAAGAAGGUUGAAACUGGAGUCCAUUGAGAAGCAGAAAUCACGGCUUCUAACUCUGAACACUAGAAAGGAGGGGUUGAAGAAGAAACUCCACCAACUCACAACUCUCUGCGACGUCCCCGCCUGCAUGAUCAUCCGCGACCCCUCCACCAACUCCACCUCCAUCUGGCCGGAGGAUUCCGCCCAAGUCCGCCGCCUAAUCGACUCCUACAAGGCCGAUCCCGGCGCCGUUAAAACGUACAGGGUGUCCGAUUUCUUCAACGAGCGGCAGAGGAAUGCCGAGGGGGAACUCGCGAAGCUGCAGAAGAAGAAUUUGGAGACCGAAUUACGCACCUGGGACGGUCGCCUCCACCUCAUGGACGAGCCCCAGUUGCGGGAAAUUGGCGCGGCGGUGCGCUCCGAGGCCCUGGCCGUGCAAUCAAGAAUCGACUUCUUGAAACGGGAGGCGAUGGUCAAGAGCAAUGAGAUGCUUGAUUUGGGCGAAUUUGGAGAAAUUGUUGAUCAAGAUGUUAUCUUUUCGAUUGCUGAUGGCGUGGCUGGGAUAAGCGCCGAUGCUCAACUUCCGGUGGUGCCGGACUACUCUCUGAAUCUGCCGCAGCCCUUGAUGAAGAAGAGCACCAACAAUGUGAUGCUUGAUUUGGACAAGUUUGGAGGCGUUGUUGGUCAAGAUGGCGGCUACUCUAUUGCUGAUGUUAUGGAUUUUGCUAUGAGGGCCAAUGCUCCUCUGAAUAUGCCGCAAGAUGGAAUCUUUUCUGUUGCUGAUGUUAUGGGCGACAACGGUCAACUUCCGUUGCCAGGCUACUACUGCCCGCCGCCUCUGGAGAUGUUCGUGGAUCACAAUUAUCUCAACCAAGGCUACUGCUCUUCAAUGGAUGUGAAUCAGAAUGUGGAUUGGUUUGGUGGGGAUGAAUAUGAUGGUGGUGACUUAGUUACCUAGCUUAGCUAUCUCUGCCACUAGAUGCUACUAGUGGUGUAUUCUUUUUCCUUUUGUGGAUCUUUGCCACUUGGGAAUUUUGUCAUGUAGUAACUGUUUAUGUUGUUUAUACCCAACAAUUCUUGGGAAUUUUGUCAAUGUAAUUGUUUAUGUUGUUAACAUCCAUGAAU